AUUUAGAGUAGAGAAUGCAAAAAGUACUAAAGUGACACAAAUAACUCGUGGUAUUUAACAUAUAAUAUACAAGUUAAUUGUCGAAGUUAUCGAGACUGGAUUUUAUAUUUUUCAAGUUGAUUUCAAUUGUAUUGUAAGUGCUCGACGAUAAUACGCCGCAUUUAAAUACCAUUCUGUUGCAUGUACGGCGUCAUAAGUUCACGUGUUUUAUUUGGAAGGAAGAUAAGUUUUAAAAGUAGCAGUAAUUUGUGUAAUGUUAACAAACUUACUUCGGUUUUAUAAUUUAUUAUUUUAUCGUGAAUUCUGUGAGGUGUUCAUGUUAAAUAAAAUCAAUAUAUGUACCUAUAACCAAUUUGUAUGUUAUAUUCAUUUUGACACAUCUUCAAUGGAAAGUAUAACCGUACAACGGGAGCCUCGAGUGAGAUAAAUCUACUUGUUUUCCUUAUCAAGAUUAAAAUAGCGAUAAAAAUAUCCGAGAGCUACAUUAGCUAUUUGUCACGUGUGGUGAUCGGCCAUUCAAAAUGUUGACGAAAAUUUUCACUACAGUAAAAUACACAUUGGUGUCCGUGAAUUUUCUAUUUUUGAUAACAGGGAUAAUCAUACUGUCCGUUGGGAGUUCGGUUCAGUCCGCAUACAAUGGUUACCAUGAAUUCCUGUCGGAGAGAUUUUUCUCUCUCCCAGCUUUCUGUAUCGCAACGGGAAUCAUCAUAUUCCUCAUAGGAUUUGCCGGGUUCUAUGGCGCGUAUAUGGAAAACUAUUAUGUGAUUAUGGCGUUCGUGAUCUCGAUGAUAGUGAUGUUCAUCUUCCAACUGUCCGCCUGCAUCGCAGGGUAUGUACUGAGAGGGAGUACGGUGGCCUUGGUUCAGAGCUCGCUGCUAAGCACCAUGGAGCUCUAUGGGCCUAACAAGAACUUCGAAGUAACUAAGUUGUGGGAUGAAAUACAAACAGAUUUCACGUGCUGCGGGGUGACGAAUUCUAGUAACUGGUUAGUGCCCCUUAAUACCACGGAGUCUGGUGGCGUACCCGUCAGCUGUUGUCAGAAUGUCCCCGGUACUGUCACCACGUUCGUCUGCAACACCGCCAGCGCCUUCGCCACCGGUUGUUCUGAAGCCUUCGGCUCCUGGGUUCAGGAUCAUGCAUCCGCUAUUGGCAUAGCCGGGGUAUUUCUCGUUUUAAUGCAGGCUCUAGCGGUUGCUGGUGCUCUGUGGCUCGCGAACAUUGCCCGUCAAGAAAGAGAAUUUCCUUAACAUCAAUCAGACAAAAUAAUUGUUUUCUACUAAUAUCUAUCACUAGUGCCGGUAGUUAGAAAAGUUUAGCAUCUCAUCCCACAGUGAAAACAAACCUGCCAAACCGUUCUCACAAAAAUUUAUGACUAAAAUCUAUAUUAAAAUAAAAAAUAGUAUUUACUGUUGCUGUUAAAUGCAUUUUUAAGUUAUUUUGUUAUCUGUGUUACUAAAGUAUGUUGUGUGUAUAGUCGCAGAGCGUUUUAAUGGAAAAUUUAUUAAUAUAAUUAUGAAAUGUUCUUAUAUGUUUUAUUAGUUCUCGUUAGUGACGACGUUGUGGGACAUCUUUAUCCGUCUUCACUUGUGGUGAAACAAAAAACAAGCUUUAUGUUAUUAAACUGUAUCAAUAUGUAUGUACGUGUGUACGGAGCCUUAUUUCCCUGUUAUUUGAAAUAAUAUUGGUCUUAUUGACCAUCAUCAUUUGUAUUCAAUUUGUUGAUUGUGAAUGUGAACGUAUAAAAAAUAUAUUCGGUAAAUUCUUUCACAGAUAUUUUAAACAAUGAAUUUGACAAGAAAAUUAUAUUUAUGUACAAAAUUAGCGCCGAGAUCAAUCGCAUAAAUAAUAGUAUUAUGCUGAUGCGCGGUAUUGUGGUAGACAUUUUGUUUAAAAAAAAAAAAUCUAGCCUGCAAUGAUAUUAUUCGAAAUGAAACCAAGUUUUUAGGACACGGUGGAUCUUUUAUUAAAGUUAAGCUAAAUACUCCGGAAAAUACCUAAAUGACGGCUCUCCUUAUGUAUAUGAACUUUCAAUAAACAUAUGUAGGUAUUAA